AUGUCCAGGUUUGAGAUGCCACCUCGGACUCGAGCAUCUUUGAAGGCUGCAGUGAAUUGGACAUGCCCAAAGAAAUUGAUGAGCGACUAUGGAUUACUACCUCAUGAGGACGAGGUCGUUCUAAAACCAGGGGAGAGAUGUACUAAUGCGGUUAAAGAGUACAUGGAGUUGAGUUCACAAGAUCCAGAUUAUGACCCAAAUACAGAUAUGAUAGUGGAGGAAGAGUUAGAAGAGGAGGAUGAGAAUGAUUGGAAUGAUGAUGAAGGAGAUGACUCAAUUUCAUUAUCUACAUUUAUAAAUUUAAAACCUCCAUCCUUCACUAGUUCCACAGUGGGAGAGAACCCACGUCGAUUUUUGAAAACCAUGGAAAGGAUCUGUCGCGCUUUAGGAGCUUCAAGCAUGAGGUCAAUAACAUUGGCUAGUUUCCGUCUAGAUGAUGUAGCACAACAAUGGAUUACAUCAUGUGUGGGAUUUAUGCCUCGUAGUGUGCAAGCAGCUAAGGCCAGGGAGUUUGAGGCUUUGAGACAAACACUCAGGAUGACAGUAUUUGAAUAUGAUGUGCAAUUUACGCAAUUGUCUAGAUAUGUCCCAUACCUUGUUUCUUUGAAAGAAAUGAGAGUGAAUCGGUUUGUGGCUGGACUGUUUGAGUAUUUGUUCAAAAUUGUUGCAUUGCAGAGGUUUGAUUCGUACACUGAUACAGUGGAUUGUGCUCGACUAAUAGAGGGUUGUAGUAUAGAGGCUAAGGCACUUCGCGAAAGUAUUGGAAGGAAUAAGGUUAAAGGAUAG